AGCAUUACACUCUCACUCUGUAUUCUUAAUCUUUGAAGGUCUAUGAUUAUGCUACACAACAUAGCCAUUCUCCUAACAAAAUUUUGGUACGAAAUUCAGAUUUUCUCAUUGAAGCCCAAUAUAUAGGUUUGUUUAGUUUCUAAUAUAUGGGCCGUAAUUUACUUAAAUGGGCCAAAUGUUCGCAAUCCAAAAUCCACUAACACUUCAAAAAUAACACACACAAAACGGCGGGAAAUCCACUAUUACAGUUUCCUCUUUCGCGCGAAACCAAUUGAAUCUAAGCACAAAAUCCAAAUCCUAUAUAAGCAAUCACACACAAUACACAUUUCCUUCUCUUCCUUCCAACACCACUAGCACGUUCCACACUAUCGGAAGUUCAAAAAUGCCGACUAUCUCCGUAGCCGUCCGUCGUUCGCCACGUGUCUCCGGUGACAGCAAAGUCGCCGCCGAUCAAAUCGCCGUUAACAGUGAAAUCAUCUCCAUUCCUCAAAAACGGAGAUUCAGAUCCAGUUCAACUGCCGAGGACAGUUUAUUCAUUUCAAGUUCAACUCCGUCGCCGAUGAAAAGCUCUCCGUGCAAAUGGAAAUCGCCGCGCCGAUGUGUUAAUGAUAGUCCUAAGAGUCCUUCAAAUGCGAAUCGCGGAGAUAAAGCAGUAAAUAUGAGCAAAUCACCAGUGAAAAGGAGAUUAUCUGAAAGUUUUAUAGAGAAACCUGUGUGGAAUCCUAGAGAUAUGGAGCAGUUAAAUGCAGUGAAAGAGGCAUUGCAUGUGUCUAGGGCUCCAUCAAAUCUUUUGUGUCGAGAAGUUGAGAACAAUAGAAUUCUGGAGUUCUGUAAGCAAGCUGUGGAACAAGAGAAGGCCGGAAGUUUGUAUAUCUGUGGCUGUCCAGGGACGGGAAAGUCUCUGUCAAUGGAGAAGGUUAACAAGGUCAUGGUUAAUUGGGCAGAAGAGUCUGGUUUUCAGGCUCCAGACACUUUGUCCCUCAACUGCAGUUCUUUGUCAAACACAUCUGACAUUUUUGGCAAGAUACUUGAUAAAGUUCAACCACGGAGAAAGCUAAAUAGUUGCACAUCACCAUUGCAGUAUCUUCAGAAAAUGUUUUCUGAGAAGCAAAAGUCAGCAGUGACGAAGAUGCUGUUAAUAGUUGCUGAUGAGUUGGAUUAUUUGAUCACAAAAGACAGAGCUGUGCUUCAUGAGUUGUUCAUGCUAACAACACUUCCUUUCUCCAGAUUUAUUCUGAUAGGAAUUGCUAAUGCAAUAGACCUAGCAGAUAAAUUUCUUCCGAAGCUGCAAGCAUUGAACUGCAAGCCAUCAGUUGUAACAUUUCGUGCCUACUCUAAGGGCCAGAUUAUCUCCAUUCUUCAGCAAAGAUUAAAGGCAUUUCCUUACACCGUCUUCCAGCCUCAAGCGUUGGAACUGUGUGCAAGGAAAGUUGCUUCGGCGUCCGGAGAUAUGAGGAAGGCUUUAUGGAUAUGCAGGAGUGCAAUUGAGAUGUUAGAAUCUGAAAUAAGAGACACUAUCAACAGUCUUGAUUUACCAUCAUUACACGGUGGAGUUUCUGAUCAACAGAGGGACGGUGCUUGUGAUGAAUCACUUAUACACGAAAGCAAUGUUGUUAGGGUUGAUCACGUGGCUAUUGCUUUGUCCAAGGCAUAUAGAUCGCCAGUGGUGGAUACCAUACAAUCACUUCCACAACAUCAACAGAUUAUACUUUGCUCUGCUGUCAAGCUAUUCAGGGGGAAGAAGAAGGAUGCCACUAUAGGCGAGCUGAACAUCUCGUACCUUGCUGUCUGUAAAUCUACCGUAAUACCGCCGGUUGGAAUCAUGGAGCUAUCAAGCAUGUGUAGAGUGCUAGGAGACCAGGGGAUUUUAAAAGUGGGGAAGGCUCGUGAAGAAAAAUUAUGUAGAGUAACUCUAAAGAUUGAUGAAGCAGAUGUCACCUUUGCAUUGCAGGGAAUACGCUUCUUUCGAAAUUGUCUUCAACAAUCGUGAUGAUCGUCUUAGUCUAUUAUUUAUUCUGUUGCUAAAACAAAUUGCCAAUAUAUGGUCCAGACGUGAAGGAACCAAACCUGGUCAAAGUGGCUAUGACUUAUGGAUGAAUGAAACAGAAAUAUGAGGGUUUUCCUUUCAAUAUUGGAAUUCCUUGUGGCUCACUUGUCAUACUUCCCAAAGAGAAAAGAUACAGUACAUUACAGGAAGAGAAACAGCAACUAAGAGAGUUGUGGAUGUAUACAACAUCGAAUAACUUUCAAGAUUUUUUGAAGCAAAUUGAUAUGGAAACUUUUAUCUUAUUAUUUACCAGACGCUGAUUCUCAUUUUCAAGAAUCAAUGGAGAAAAAAAAAAACUUUAACAA